AUGGCUGGUAACUCUUGGACCGUCGAGGCCGAGAAGGCCCUCUUGAUCUCCAUCGCUACCACUGCCAACAGCGGUGCUGGCACGAAACCUGACUGGGCUAACGUCGUUCGCCGCAUGAACCGCCUCGGCCACAGCUUCACCGUCGCGGCCCUCAGUCAGCGCUACUCGAAGUCUCUGAUCAAGCCUUACAAUGAACAGCUCAACGCGACCGCCGACAUGCCUGCCACCCCGGCUCCGAUUCCUCCUUCCCGCAAGCGUGCUGCCCCCGGCUUCGGCACUAGAGCGGCUAGAAACUCCAUUGCCGGUGGUUCUGGCGCGGCCCAGGCCGCCAACGAGAUGGCCUCUCUCGCCCUUUCGGUUGACGAUGGCGUUGAUGAUUCUGAGUCCGACAUGGAGGAUUCUAAGAAGCGCGUCAAGAUCACUCACGAUGGUCUUGCUGCUGGUCUGAACGGCCAGCAUAUCGAUCUUACCGGCAACGACACUGAUGCCAAUAUGGAGAGCGCCGCUCCUGCCUCUGGUCUGAACGAUCAGCCGGUUGACCUCACCGCUGAUCACCAGGUCGAGAUCAAGCUUGAGGGCAAUGCCAGCAUUCCCUCCUUCACUCGUGCUGCCCGUGCGCGCAGAUCCUGA